CUUUGAACCAAUGGCAGAGCAGGUCAGAGUCCCGUGCAGCUGAUCAUCUGAGGUUUCUGCGAUGCAGUACUGUAGUACUCGGGGUGGAGUCCAUGGAUGGGAUUUCCGGGAUGUGCUGUUUUCAGGUUACGCUCCUGAUGGGGGCAUGUUCAUGCCGGAGAGUGUGCCUGAGCUCAGCCCAGAGACCCUGAGGGGCUGGAGGGGGCUACCCUACACCAAUCUGGUGGUGGAAGUUGCCUCACUGUUCAUCCCCACUCAGCUGAUCCCCAGAGAGGACCUGGAGGUCCUAGUGGAUGAGGCCCUGUCUGGUUUCUCAGUGCCAGAGGUGGUAAGAAUCGCCAGGCUGAAGGAGGGUCUGUCAGUCCUGGAGCUCUUCCAUGGAGACACACUGGCCUUUAAGGACCUGGCUAUGACCUGCACUGUGCGCUUCCUCAACUACUUCCUGCGAAAAGAGGACCACAGAGCUACUGUUGUUGUAGGUACAUCAGGAGACACAGGUGGCUCGGCCAUUCAGAGUGCCAAAGGUCUCAGUGGGUUGGAUGUGGUGGUGGUUUACCCCCGUGGACGCAUUACUCCAGUCCAAGAGAAACACAUGAUCACCUGCCUGGAGGAUAACAUCCAUGUGUUUGCAGCGGACGGCAGCUCAGAUGACAUAGACCAGCCUCUGCGCCGCCUGUUUGCAGACCAGGAACUCGUCAGGUCUCACGGCCUCAUGAGUCUCAACUCUGUCAACUGGUCUAGAGUCAUGAUCCAGCUUGCCCACUUUAUCUAUGUUUACCUGGAGCUCAGUGGUAUGGAGCAGGCCAAGGCUGACGGAGACCUGCCUGAGCUGGAGGUGGUGGUUCCCACUGGAGGGGCAGGUAACAUUGCAGCUGGCUUCAUUGUAAAGCAGAUGGGCUUGCCCCUGAAGCUGGUUGCCAUGGUGAACUCUAAUGACAUAGUGCACAGGGCGGUAACCACUGGUGACUUUUCCAUGGCAGCUGAUGUCACACAAACUCUGGCCCCUGCUAUAGACAUCCAGGUAGCACAGUCACACAGCAAGUAG